AUGAAGGCCUUGUUGUUCCAAUUUCUUCAUGCCCUCUUGCUCCCCAACUACACACGUCUCUCUUCUUGCCCAACCAUCUCCCUCAACACCCUCCCUUCUGCUACAUCUACAUUCACAACUUUCUCUCUCAAGCUUCUGGGUUUCCCCUUCCACACUCCGUCACUGAUCGUCUCGCUUCCCAUGUCUUGGCCGCCUCUUUGGAUAUUACCAUCGUCACCUCGUUCAACGGGUUCAAAAGCUCGCACUCGAGCAGUUGAUAGAUUAAGGAGGACUACCCAUGAAAGAGUGGUUGCAGAGAAUGAAGAGCUGGGUGGUUGUAGCAUCUGCUUGGAGGAAUUCAGUGCUCGAAUUGAGUUGCUCCAUUUUGGUUGUAAACAUCUUUACCACCAAAACUGCAUUGCUAAGUGGCUGGAAAAUCAAAAUUCCUGCCCUCUGUGUAGGCGUCCAUUGUAG